AUGCAGAAUUAUGCGGAUCCAGAGCAUUAUCCUCAAAGAGACUCUAAAAAGUCGGAUGUUUAUUUCUAUGGUAUGGUUCUUCUAGAACUAAUAUCUGGGAAAAAAACUAAGCUUGAAGACACUGUUAUUGCUUGGACAAAACCUUGGAUUCAAUGGGCUUUGCGCAACCAAGACUAUAAAAAUCUGGUCAAUUCCAAAUUAUUGCAAAUGGACUAUAACAAAAAAGAAAUGGAAGCAAUGAUUUCUUGUGCUGCAGUUUGCAUAUAUAAACCUUCAAAUUCUCGUCCAAAAAUGAAUCAGAUAGUUCGAGUUAUUGAAGAAUAUAUUUCUAUAGAAGAAAUAUGGAAUGAGAAGAAUGACAACAUAUUCCUGAAAGAUAAUCCUGAGUCUAGUGGAUCUAAUAAUAUUGAGCUCAAUGGAUCUCAGAAACUAAAGCCUCAUGUCAGUUCAAAAGCUAAUGAAUCUCAUAAUUUUGAGCCUAAUGAAGCUCAAACUGUUGAGUCCAAUGGAUCUCUAGAGCCGAAGCCUCUUGUCAGUUCGGAAGUUAAUGGAUCUCAUAAUGUUGAGCUCAAUGGAUCUCAGAAGCCGUACCUCUUGUCAGUUCAGAAGUUAAUGGAUCUCAUAAUGUUGAGCCCAAUUAAUCUCAGAAACCGAAGCCUCUUGUCAGUUUAG